AUGUCGGUCCUCCCCGUUCCCGAUGCCGGCUUGCAGCUGGACAGCUCCGCCAACUCGAGGGACUUCCUCCCCAUGCAAGCGUUCGGCCUCACUUUGAACGAUGGUGCGAUCGAGGAUAUGAUCAAAUGUGUGCAAAGGGGGCAAGAGGUCGAAUUGACUCUGGGAAGCAACCCCUCGUUUCUUUACGGAUCGAGAGAGCAAAAGGUCACUGCGAACCCAGAGUCAUUUGACUACGAUCUGUACCUCACCAACCUUGACGAGCCCGCUCCCAAGACGCAACGAUUACCGAACCCCACCAUGUCCAUCUGGAAGAAGCCUCCCCCUUUCCCGUCGGGACAACUGAAGCGGAUGGAGAAGGGAGCCAAGGGAGCCAACCAUGCAAGCCGGGCUUCGUCGUCUGGUGCCGAGUCGGAUGUGGAUGCGUUGGCAAGCUCCUAUGCUAAGGCCGACGCCCAUAGGAGCAGCAAUGCGUACGACUUCGCUGAUCCCGAAUCGGAAACAGAGCUAACGUACGACAGAACUAAGAUCGUGAAUGGCAUCCCCAGAGACGCAAAGCGUGGAGGCAAAGGCAAACUACUCCCGACCGGACGAUCUGCCAUGGCGAGUGUGUUUCCCAACUCCACGAACCGGUCCUUGCCGUCAAGCCCUGCCUUGAACGGCACAGCGUCUCCGAACCCGGCUUUCUCCGCCUCCCAGCAAGUCCUCGAAAAGAACAAGGAACUGAGGACGAUCCUGGUCCACGAGUUGGCAGCGAGGGACCAGUCCUACGAGCACCUCAAAGAUGUGUGGAUGGGUGCCGAUUCUGAUCUCAAGCCGACGGUAGAAAAGGUGGCCAGUUACGACAGUUCGAGUGACAAGUGGAGUUUGAAGAAGAUCUACUGGAAGGAGCUGGACGUCUGGAACUACGACUACGACAUCCCCGAAGACCGGCAAGCGGCUAUCGAUAAUGCCGUCAAGCAGUAUGACAAGCAAAGACUGGGAACAUCUGAUAAUGUCUGGGAGAGACUUCUCCCACGGGAAGAGCGAGGCAAGGGGAAAGUGCUGAGCAAGCUGCAAGCAACGCUGGCCAAGGGCAACAUCACUCCAGCACCGAGAAUAUCGGUCCAGAAACCCGAGGAUGGGAACAAGAGUGAGGCCGACGCAUCGAAGAGCAAGGGCGAACCAAUGUCACGGUCGAAUUCCCAGCCAACCAAUAGCAAGCCGAAGAAGCCCAGCGAACGAGAGGCUCAAGCUAAGCGUCUCCUGUCCAACAACCCGAAGAAGCCUCUCCCAAAGAAGCUACCCAAUAAGGCUACUACAAAGGUCAAGGCCGUCGAAGAGAAAGGCAAGCGGGUUCUCUCAGAGGAAUUCGUGUACGACUCGGAUAGUAGUGAAGGGGAGGUCACACCGCCACAGAGCACUGCGGCUGCUCCGAAGCCAAAGCCGAAGCCGAAGCCGAAGCCUGUCGAGAGACCGGCCGAGCAGGUCGUAGAGAAGACCACCGAGAGACCGGCUGAGCGGAUCGCAGAGAAGGCCAUCGACAGACCGGCUGAGCGGGUCGCAGAGAAGGCCACCGAGAAGCCGAAGGAGCCGCCCGCUCCUUCGGCUGCCCCGAAACCGAAACCUAAGCCUCUCGUUCGUGCUCCAGUUCGCGCUCCUCGACCACCCGCCAAGGCGCCCACGCCCAUGAACUCGUCGCAAAAGCGCGGGCGUGAAGAAGACGACAGCAGCUCGAGCUCCGGUGCCCCGCUGAGCAAACGGGCGAAGCCUAAGGAGUUGUCAACGAAGCCGUUGCCAGAGACCAAGGCCACAACACACCGCGCAUCGGACGCAAGCCAGAACUCCCGGGGCACCACCGGUACAGCGUCAUCGAAUUCGUUCUCAGUGAAGAGCAAGAAUACGUCGCCAACCAAGUCUUCGCCUCUUGCAUCCUCACCUCCGACUAACGCUUCCGAUUUCGAGGACCAGCAGCCGCGACCAAGCCAUCGCCCUCCGCAGAACCACUCACGUCAGCACCCGCCCCAGCAGCAGCAGCGCAAUGGAGAGCGGGAGCGCGGACGUGAGCGAGAUCGCGGGAACACGAAUGGUUUGACGAACGGCACGUCGACGUCGACUUCGACAACAUCGUCGUCGUCGUCGUCGACUGUCAUGGCCAACAAGAAGCGGAAAGAACGGGACAUAACAGGAGGAGCAACAGACUCUCGCGGCAAUUCGCAACAGUCGACGCCGAAUGGAUUGGGCAGCAGCAACAAAAAGGCCCGGGUGUCCAAGGAUGUGCUGAUACAGGCGCGCAAGUUCACGCGAUUCUAUGAGCGCUACGAGACGCUCCACCACGAGAUCGCCGCGCUCAAGGAGCCGCCCGAGGACAAGCUGACCGACUUGCUGGAUAUGCGCGAGCGACUUGUUGGCAUGAAAAGUGAGAUCUCUCGCGCUGUAGCCUCUGGUGCUUGA